UAGAGUUACCAAGUCAAUCCCAAUAGGAGAACAGGAAAAUAUGAAGAAGGUGCUCCUGAAAUCCAGAGACCUAACAGGUGUGUACCCCAUUGUUGUCCUCACCCACAAGACCAGCGGAAAUCUCACAGAUACAGAGAACGCGUUUCGGGACAUGGGCAUGGAAAGAAUUUUCUCAUUUGAAAACUACACGAAAGAAGACCACAUGAAGACCAGGGGGAGACAUGAAGAGGUGCUGAAGUUUCUUUGUGAAGUCAUUAAAGACGUUCAGUUUAGAAUAGAACAUCGACCACACGAUCCAGCGAAAGAGAUCAUGGAGAGAAAAACUUUUGUAAUGAAUUACAUACAUGAGUAUGCAAAGAAAGUCCAAGAGGAGAAGAUUGAGAGGCAGAGAGCCAUGGAGAAAGUACAACAAGAGAAGAAGAAGAAGGAGCAGGAAGAGCAGAUGAACAGGCAGAGAGAGAGGGAGAAACAGGACCAGGCCAAUGAGUUGAAAUGGAGACAGGAGGAGCUGGAGAGGCAGAGACAAGCAGAACUAGCCAGGCAGGAGGAACAACUGCGAGCUGCACAAGAGAAGCUUCAAAAGAAAAAGAAGAAAAAGUGGGGGAUUUUUGGGUAAUUUUUGUAAUUUAU